AUGACGUACACCAGUCAUCGCAACACUCAAGAAACUCUGCAGAUCUUGGACGACAUUGACCUCGACUCGGGCCACAUUUCGGAAGAGGAGCUGUACAAGCGGUUUGGUCUGGAGGAGCGAUACAAUUCGGGACAGCUAACGGCUUGGGAGAAGUUUAAACCAAACGCAUGGACUCUUUUUGAUGAGCCGUAUUCCUCGUGUGCGGCAAAGGUAAGCACCGGAAAUCUUUUAAUUUAA